CCCUGGUCAGGGCUGCUGCUGCAGGAGAUGACCAUGGCUGGGCUGCAUGAGCUGCGCUUCACUGAGGAGAAGCCACUUCUGCGGGGCCAGGAGGCCGAGCUGGAGAACUCCGAUAUCUUCCUCUUCACUGUGGACUCAGACUGGAAGGAACAUGACAUUGAGACCCCCUACGGGCUGCUGCAUGUGGUUAUCCGGGGCUCACCCAAGGGGAAUCGCCCGGCCAUCCUGACAUACCACGAUGUGGGCCUCAACCACAAGCUGUGCUUCAACACCUUCUUCAACUAUGACGACAUGCAGGAGAUCACAAAGCACUUUGUGGUGUGCCACGUGGAUGCGCCGGGCCAGCAGGCAGGAGCCUCGCAGUUCCCUCAGGGGUACCAGUACCCAUCCAUGGACCAGCUGGCUGCCAUGUUACCCAGUGUGGUGCAGCACUUUGGGUUCAAGUAUGUGAUCGGGAUCGGUGUUGGGGCAGGAGCCUACGUGCUGGCCAAGUUUGCGCUCAUCUUCCCUGACCUGGUCGAAGGUCUGGUCCUUAUGAACAUCGACCCCAAUGGCAAAGGCUGGAUUGACUGGGCAGCUGCCAAGCUUUCUGGCCUCACCAGUACACUGCCAGACACUGUCCUGUCCCACCUGUUCAGCCAGGAAGAACUGAUGAACAACACAGAGCUGGUGCAGAGUUACCGGCAGCAGAUCGGGAGUGUGGUGAACCAGUUCAAUCUCCAGCUCUUCCUCAACAUGUACAACAGCCGCAGGGACUUGGACAUCAACCGGCCUGGGACUGUGCCCAAUGCCAAGACUCUGUGCUGCCCUGUGAUGCUGGUGGUUGGAGACAAUGCGCCUGCUGAAGAGGGGGUGGUGGAGUGUAACUCCAAGUUGGAUCCCACCAACACCACGUUCCUGAAGAUGGCUGACUCUGGUGGGCUUCCCCAAGUCACACAGCCUGGCAAGCUGACUGAAGCCUUCAAGUACUUCUUGCAAGGAAUGGGCUACAUGCCCUCUGCCAGCAUGACCCGCCUGGCACGCUCCCGCACAGCCUCCCUGACAAGUGCCAGCUCCGUGGAUGGCACCCGCCCCCGUGCCUGCACCCACUCGGAGAGCAGCGAGGCCAUGGGGCAGAUCAACCACACCAUGGAAGUAUCUUGCUGAGGUCCACACCUGUCUCCAGCGUCUCCUCCAGAGCCACCUCCCAUCAGUCAGCAUCCCGCCAGCACCCACAUGCCCUGUGGAUGUCCACCACGGCCCUUGCU